GCACACGUUUCCCUCAAACACUCUUUUGUCCCUCCGAGCUUAACUCCCGCAUACACAGCGAGGAAGUUUGCCCACAAUAUCUGUCGCACGGAUGGUUGUGCGGAUUGUACGCUUUCAUAGUGGUCUCAUUGUCCCCCGCACUGCAUUGUGGGGCUCCGUGUGACACCUGCAGCCCAGGUAAACUGGAGGCGGUGAAUGCCCCGCCGCAUCCGAGCCGCUCAGGUCGGAUUUCUGUGCUUUUUUUUUUUUUUUUUCAAAGUAAGCGGCAGCGGGGGUUUCCUCUCUCCAUCGUUUCUAUGCCUGAGGUAUUGUUGCAUAUCGACUCUCCGGAGCUAAACGGGACAGUGCUAUGAGGACUCUCCCCAAAAGUAAAACUUGCGAAGUGUACUGCGUCUCCGGGCAUGGACACCCAGGCUGCUCCGCUGCACAGGGAGAGGGGGAGUUGAAGGAGCCCACCCAGUGUCUGAGCUCCCCCACGAAGCCUGAGGAUCCUGCAGAGCAGAGGGCGGAAGGGGGACGAGCUCCGGCCUGUGGCUCCUGGAGGAGAUGGAUGUUAGUUCUCCUGCCUUUCUUUCCCUUCACUGCAGCCAUUGCACUGACCCUCCACUACUUAACAUCUCUGCCCUCCUCAGUGUUCUUCCUCGGCGGCAGCGUGGAGUUCUCAAACCUGAACUUCUCUUCAGAGCUGACUGACUCCACCUCCCUGCAGUUCCGCCUGCAGGCUCAGGCUUUGAACCAUUAUUUCUCUGAACUCUACGAGUCCUCCCCGUGGAGCUCUUACUACCUGCGCUCAGGAGUUACUGCCUUCAGUGAAGGAGCAGAAGGGCUCAAUGUUUUCUACUGGAGUAAAUUCUCCGCCCCGGACGAUGUCGCCAUGGCGAUCCGGAGCUCCAGCCCGGAUAGGCUGCAGCGCAGGCUUCCUGGCAGCAACAAGGUGCUGCGGGACAGCCGCAACGAGCAGCGCUACUACAUGGAGCAAGAUGACGACAUGCUCCACCUGCUGGGUUUGGACCCUGAUGACUCAGAAGAAAAAUCAGACAAGAUUAAGAAUCCAAACAGCAUCCAGAGUGGGAAGUGGCAGCUCGGCUUCCAAGCGAUGUCCUUUGACCUCUAUGCCAAAUAUGGAAACAACCGCACCCUGAGCCUUGUGAGUCCCAAAAAGCCUUACUACCAGUGGCGGCUACGCGUGCCGUCAGGCCAUGUGGUUCGCCUGGUGAUUCUCACCCUUCACGGCGCCACACCAGGAAGCUGCACCGCUCACAAACUCUCAGCCUACGACUUCCUGCUUCCUUUACAGAAUAAGAUCAUUGCCAGGUGGUGUGGACUUCCCAUUUCGGGCUCAUCCCCUGUCAUGAAGCUGACAUCCUCUGGGAAUGUCAUGCUGGUCACCUUCUCUUUCAGCAGACAGAGGGAUGGAGCAAUCUUCAAAGCGUACUUCCAAGCUAUUCCAAAAGCAGGAUGUGGAGGAUCAAUUUCUUCCUGGAACGGCUCUCUUUCCUCACCCUACUACCCUUCUUACUACCCUCCAAAUAUAGACUGCACUUGGACACUACGGGCGCCGUUGCCUGGAUACCUAAUCUCCAUGACAAUCGUGACGAUGGACAUUCAAGAGUCGUCGUCAUCGGACGGCUGCGAGAAAGACUGGCUGGACAUCGGAGGGGUCAAACUGUGUAACCCGGUGUCAGACAGCAGCAAAAAGCGAGUCUACACCUCUCCUCUCUCCCUCCACUUCCACUCCGAUGAAUCCAUCACUCACAAGGGUUUCUAUUUGCUUUAUCGAGCCUUCUCCCCUGAGGGCACCUGUCCUCGUCAGUUUCGCUGUGGAGAUGGACGCUGUAUCCCUCUGAGGAAAGUGUGUGAUGGGGUUAAAGACUGCUCAGAUGGACGGGAUGAGGCUAAAUGCUCAUCCUGCAGGCCGGGGGAGGUGCUGUGUGGGAAUGGACAGUGUAAGCCUCAAAGCAGCCAGUGCAUGAGCCAGAGCGCCUGUGCAGACAGCAGUGAAGAGGGCACCUGUAGAGGUAAAUGCUAUCACGUCUGCCCCAACAAGGUGUGUUUGCCAAAGUCUUCAGUGUGUGAUGGUGUCAUUGACUGCAAAGACCGCAGUGAUGAACUAAACUGUACCAGAGCGUACCACAAAGGUUGCUCCUCAUCCUCCUACAAAUGUGCUAAUGGAAAAUGUGUGAGCAAGGUCAACCCAGAGUGUGACGGGGUCAAAGACUGCUUUGAUGGCUCUGAUGAACUGCGUUGUGGGUGUGGCACCAGGCCCAGGAAGCGUACUAAGAUAGUGGGCGGCUCUGAUGCUGGAGCAGGAUCAUGGCCGUGGCAGGUCAGCCUCCAGAUGGAUCGCUACGGCCACGUCUGUGGUGCCACACUGGUCUCCAACCGCUGGCUCAUCUCUGCGGCUCACUGCUUCCAGGACUCAGAUGCCAUUAAAUAUUCUGACACUCGUGCAUGGCGGGCCCACAUGGGGAUGCGUGUGAUGACCACGGGGAACAAUGGAGCAGCCACCAGACCGAUCCGCCGGAUCCUCCUCCACCCGCAGUAUGACCAGUUCACCUCGGACUAUGACAUCGCCCUCCUUGAACUCAGUGCUCCCGUCUUUUUCAACGACUUGGUGCAGCCUGUGUGUGUCCCUGCCUCUUCACACACCUUCACCACCGGGACCAGCUGCUAUGUGACAGGCUGGGGGGUCCUCAUGGAGGACGGUGAGCUGGCCUCUCGCUUACAGGAGGCCUCAGUGAAAAUAAUCAACAGGAACACCUGCAACAAGCUGUAUGAUGACGCUGUUACUCCCAGAAUGCUGUGCGCUGGAAACCUGCAGGGAGGGGUGGAUGCCUGCCAGGGCGACUCAGGAGGUCCGCUGGUGUGUCUGGAGCGCGGUAGACGGUGGUUCCUGGCGGGAAUCGUGAGCUGGGGCGAAGGCUGCGCGAGGCAGAACCGUCCUGGAGUGUACACACAGGUGGUCAAGUUCACUGACUGGAUCCAUCAGCAGACUAAAGGACAGGUGUGACUGAACACCAGACAGACAUGAACAAAAGUGCAUACAGACCUAACAAGCAGGAUGAAGGUUUCAGACCUGGAGUCCUUGUUCAGAGUAAAGGAUGAUAACAUGGCAACAUAUUCAGUUUUUUGGGAGUGGACCCAUUUGAACAGAACAGCAGGAGCAUCAUCCCAUCUCCGUACCAACCAGCAUCCAAUCAGUCGCAAAACACUGACACUGGCUUUGUUCACAUGUGCAGAAAAUUUUGAACUUAAACUGAUUAUUAAAUUUACUUUUUGGUCACUGCCCAUAAAUUGUGUAAUUUGGUUGGAAACCUUAAACAGAUUACAACAAAUCCAAUUAUGAUGCAAGAUUUGUUUGGACAUAAAAACACAUAAAAACAUUCACUUUUGGUUUUUACUGUCUCCACACAUCUGGACUGAUUUGGCAGUAGGCCUGUAUAAGAAGUCAGCAAAUACUGCAUGUAGGCUAGGUGUUUCCCACUGUUUCCAGACUUUAUGCUAAGCUAAGUUAGCCAGCUGCUGGCAGUAGCUUCAUAUUUACUGCACAGACAUGAGAGUAUCUUCUCAUCUAACUCUUGGCAAGAGAACAAAUAAGCGUGUUUCCCCCAAAAUAUCUAAUUAUUGCUUUGUCAACAUAGUAGAGAACAGCAGAUGUUGACAUCAAGCGACGCUUGAGAUCAAAAGACGGUUGGACGGGUCGGUAACUUAACCACUUAAACCAGUAAAUGCCAGGAUUUAGAGCGGAUUUGGGGUUUGUCACCAGCCAAGUUAGUCUGUGCAUGUAAAUGUGAACGAUUACUUCCUAUUCUCUCUGCAUCUCCUCACCCUCUUUCACUCAACUGAUUUUUCUAUAGUCCGACCAAUACUGAUUUUUUUGAAGCGGAUGCUGAUGUUGAUAUUUGAGAGUUUGAAUAUAUAUACAUAAAUACAAUUUGACAAGGAUCCCUUAAAUUUGGUUAUUAAAGAAUUGCGAGCGCAAUAUUUCCAAAUUACAUCGAUCAUAUCUUUGGCAUUUAUGUACUGCAAUUUCUUGUUACCUAUCAGCCGACAUGCAUUUUCCUACCCCAGCUACAUUGUUCACCACAGAUAUCAGGUGUUGCACUCAAGAAAAGAUCAGUUAAAUCAACAUUUAUUGAAUGUGGAAACAGUUCUCUCCCCACAAGGAUGUGUUUUAGCCCUCGUCUACAUUCGUCCAUGUACUGUACAUGCGUGCUCGUGACCCCUUGAUCCAUGUGUUUAAGAGUUGUCAUUGUACUGUAUGUGUGUGUAUUUGUAUAUCAUGAGUUUAUCUGAGUCGUAGCCCUAUGUUAAAUAUAUUCUUUAAAUGUAGUGGAGUGAAUAAUCACUCAAUGGGAGGUGGGUAAUAUAUUUUGCAUUUCAGAUUUACUGUGAUGGUUUAAUUUAUCUUAAUGGUGCCUCCUUUGCUCUUUGUAUUUGCUGCUCCAUGAAGAGUUAUCACAGCCCUCUCUAAAACUAUGCAAAGGUUGAUACUGGAACAGAUAUGAUCAUCAACAGACAAUCUUUAGUAAGAUCUUUUAGUCUCUAUAUUACUGUUGGAGGUGGUGGUGAUGAGACAUAAAAGACAGAGCUACUUCUGAGCUCAGAGGGAUGACAUUUAUCUCUUGCAUUCCCCUGCUCUCACUCAGCUUACAUCACCAUCCAGUGGCCAAUCUGCACCAUUGCCUCAUUUAUUUCCAGAGGGAAUGAUGCACCUUACACCCAAAGAAUUAAAAAACACUCCCGUUUGCCUCACUGUUAAAUAAUAUAAAAUUAUUUGCCUUUAUAUUAAAGACACAAUUACCGAUGCAGCAAAUCCUAGCUUUGUUUUAUA